CGCACGACUCCACAUCCAAGAGGUUUGUUAGCAAAGGAGACGUGAACUAUGAACACACUGCCCUGACAUUUCAGGCAAAAGAAACAGGAUCAUACUAUUCUCUCGGGACCAGCCGCAGACUCACGAGCGAGCCUCUUCAGUAUGAAACUCAGGUGUAA